AUGGCUUUCUUUCCAAUUGCGAUUCUCUCUAAUAUCCUAAUAAUUUCCUUACUUGCUUCAAGUGUUAGCUUUAAUGGCGUUGAUGGGGGACUAUUAAGUAGAAAGUACAGAGAAUUCGAUUACUUUGUCUUAGCUCUUCAAUGGCCUGGAACUUACUGUCGUAACACUCACAAGUGUUGCCAAAAGAAUGGUUGUUGUAGAAGCAAUGGUCCUCCUAAGCACUUCACUAUCCAGUUUUCUCAUCAUUUGAUGGGAAUUGCUGAACUAGUAAAGAAUUGUGGUACAGAGUUAUUCUUAUUUACUCGUGAAUAUAUUUCAACAUUGCGGAAUGCACUAGAUGAGUAUUGGCCAUCCCUAAGUUGUGGAUCACCUUCAACAUGUCAUGGACACAAAGGAUCUUUUUGGGCACACGAGUGGGGUAAGUAUCUUUGGCUUUCCUCUAUUUUUAAGCUCUUAUCAUUCAAGAAAAACCUAAAUUUUUAA